AAAACGCAUGGUGAGACUGCGAGGUGGAGUGGAUGUAAACAAUACACUUUACAGUGAAAAUGGAUAUGAAAGACAUUGAAUUUUCUGAAAUUGAAAUUUCAGAAGUAGUAGAAAAUGAUGACACGGAAGAACUUGUGCCAAAGAGAGGAGCCAUGUCUCUUGUGUGGAGGUAUUUUGGUUUCAAAAAAGCAGACAUCGACCAAACAACAAUUUUGUGCAAGAUUUGCCUUGCUAAAGUCGCCGCCGGAGGGGGCAACACGAGCAAUUUGCUCCACCACCUGAGCCGCAAGCAUGUCUCGGAAUAUGAAGAAUGUAUGAAGUUAAGGUCGGCGGCAGCACCCUCCACAUCAUCAUCAUCAUCAUCGUCAUCAGCAGCAGCAGCAGCAGCAGCAGCAGGAGCAGCAGGUAGCCCGAAAACACCCCAAGACGCGUUUUCGAGAGCGGCUCCCUACGACAGAAAAAGCAAACGGUGGAUCGACAUUACAAACGCUAUCGCUUGCCACCUUGCAAAAGACAUGGUCCCGCUUAAUGCCGUCGAAAAAGAAGGCUUCAAGCAGAUCAUCAAGACGCUGGAUCCCAGGUAUGAAGUACCGAGCAGAAAGUACUUUAGCCAUGUCGCGAUGCCCAACUUGUACCACAAGCACAGAGCUAAGCUGGAAACAGAACUGGCGACCGUCCGCAACUUCGCAGUAACGACUGAUAUGUGGUUUAGUCGCACUAUGGAGCCCUACUUUAGCAUGACGGUUCACUUUAUAAGUGACGAAUGGGUGUUGCGAAGUCAUUGCCUGCAAACGAGCUACUUUUCUGAGGACCACACUGGAGAGUUACUUGCAGCAGGCCUGCAGGAGGCACUUGAUUCCUGGGGGCUUUCAGAGAAGAAGCUCGUGGCCAUCACCACUGACAACGGAGCCAACAUUAAGAAGGCUGUGGAACUGAACAAUUGGACAGGACUCCAGUGCUUUGGUCACAGGCUUCACCUUGCCAUAGAGAGAGGUGUGAAAGACGACCGCGUACAACGUGCUAUAGAUGUGUGCAAAAAAAUUGUGUCGGCCUUUUCGUACUCGAGUAAGAAAAGGAGGGACCUGGUCAUUGUUCAAAACUAUCUGGGUCUUCCAAACCACGGUCUCACAACAGAGACGCCAACCAGGUGGGUCUCACGUCAAAUGAUGAUUCAAAGAGUGCUCGAGCAAGAGAGGGCCAUUAGUCACGUUCUAAAAGACGACAAGAAAUCAAGGCAAUUGGUCCCUACCUGGCAAGACGUGGAAGUCCUAGAGGCUGUCAACAAGGUGUUGAGCCCACUGCAGGACUUCACAGACGCCUUGUCUGGAGAACAAUAUGUCAGCGUCUCCUACCUCAAGCCAGUGCUCAGUCUCUUCAACACGUCCAUUUUUGCUGAGGAAGAGAGCGACACUCAGCUGACGAAGGGCUUGAAGAGAAACAUCCUAGGAGACUUGAUUGAGCACUAUUCCGAUCCGGUCACGCGUGACCUGCUUGACAUUGCGUCUCUUCUCGACCCACGGUUUAGAAACAAGUAUAUAGAUGAAGAAAAGGUGGACCGAGUUUUAUCAAGAGCAGUCGAAGAGAUAGUGUCGCUAAUAAAGACUCAACAGGACACGCUCCCAGGGGCUGCUGGUGCAAAAGCAGAAGCGGAGCCCGAUUCUCCGCCUAAGGCAAAAAGAAAAAAGACUUUGGCCAGCUUUUUCAAAAGGCAGAGCGGCACAAUGUCAGAAGAGGAAAGCAUAAGAAAGGAGCUGACAGUCUACUUACAGACCACAGAGGUUGACAGUGAUGUCGACCCUUUGGAUUGGUGGAGAUGCCAUCAGACAAAUUUCCCUCGUGUUGCCAAGCUAGCGCGACAGUAUUUAUGCAUCGCCGCUACCAGUGCUCCGUCGGAGAGAGCGUUCAGCACGGAUGACAACAUCCUCCCUUGUCACAGAACCGCACUUAAACCAGAUGCUGUGGACCGUCUGGUUUUCCUGGCGCAAAAUCUGUAAAUGUGGAAAUUAGAAUUUUAAUUCAUUUGGACAUUGUACGGCUCCUUCUGUUGGGUUGCGUGCCUUGACCACCCGGGGACAGUAUAAUACAGAAUUACAUGGAACCGUUCAAAACUCCUCAGUAAGCUGCAGUAAAUUAGUUCUUCAUAGAGGAUAAAGACUAUAUAUCUCUUGAGUAUUGGUCUGUUGUCUAUCUAAAAGUGUUGCUCCACCGUUUGUGUUCAAAUAUCUGUUAAUACCACAACACCCAUCCUAUUCCUUAGCCCAUUUAAGGCGUUUUGCAUUGUUUGUUAGCUGUAAGCUAAACUGACUUCACUAAUGCAAAAUAAUGAGGUUGUUUUAAAUACAUGUAUAAUUCUCUUUGUUUUAUGUUUUAGUUUGAUCAUAAACUUCAAUAAACAAAAAGAGUGGCUAACCUCUUUUUUUGAAGUGCAGUAUGAAUGUGCAGCCACCAACCUGUCAUUUUUCUCUCUCAUCACCAGGACGAUGCCGAUGUGCCAAACUACUGCUUGUUCUGAUGUCAGUUGAGUUCACGGUUUCCA